AGAGCCGCAGACUCCGCUAGAAGCAUGCAGGCCCGGGACAACGGUAUCACUCCGCGAGGAGGCGGCCGCCUGUCCGUCCUCCAGCGACACCUCACAGCAGUUCCUAUGUCAGGUCAGGUUGCCACAACCACCUUUCGCUACACCUUGGACAAUAAUCUUCUGACCCCAGAACAGAGACAGUUCUACGAGGAGAAUGGAUUCCUUGUUAUAAAAAACCUGGUAUCACACAAGGACAUAGAUGAAUUUAGGGAUGUCUUUGAGAAAGUUUGCAGGAAAGAAUUGACAGCACCUGGAAUGCUUGUAAUGCGAGAUGUGGCCAUUGCUAAGUCAGAAUUUCUUCCAGAUCAAGAAGCAAUUACAAAAGUUCAGUAUUUUCAGGAGCUUCCUGGACUAUUCCGAUACUGCAGUCUACCACAGAUUCUGCAGUACGUGGAGUGUUUCACUGGCCCCAACAUCAUGUCCAUGCACUCCAUGCUGAUCAAUAAGCCUCCAGAUGCAGGUAAGAAGACUUCUCGCCAUCCACUCCACCAGGAUCUGUACUACUUUGCAUUCAGGCCUGCAGACCGCAUAGUUUGUGCUUGGACAGCCAUGGAGCACAUUGACCGAAGCAAUGGAUGCCUUGUGGUUUUUCCAGGAACUCACACAGGAGAACUCAAACAACAUGAUUAUCCAGAGUGGGAGGGUGGGGUCAAUAAGAUGUACCAUGGAGUUCGUGAUUAUGAUCCAAACAUCCCUGGAGUGCACUUAACCAUGGAAAAGGGAGACACAGUGUUCUUUCACCCCAUACUUAUCCAUGGAUCAGGAAUGAACAAGACGGCUGGCUUCAGAAAGGCUAUUUCCUGCCAUUUUGCCAGCUCAGAUUGCUACUAUAUAGAUGUCAAGGGAACAAGUCAGGAAAACAUUGAGAAAGAGUUUGUUGAAGUGAUAAAGAAACAGCUUGCAAUGGAGUCACUUAGGACCUUAAAGUGUCAUGAAGUACAAUAUGUAACGAAAAAACAAUCUGGCCUGGAUAAGUCAAAGCGUUUUAAAGUUAUCACCACUUAAAGUGACACUGGUCAGAUUUGCAAAAAAUGGCCUGGUACCUAAGGUGAAAUAAGGCUGUGUCCCAAAGGGGUUAAGGGCUAAAGAUCAGAUCCUCUGCUGAUCGACUGUUUGAAGCAUUCCUGUGAGUGCUACAGCCUCAAACGUCAAAUAAAACACUGGAGACGCUGGAUAACCAUAUUAUGCAGAGGAAUGUCACUCUGCCUCUGGUCUCCCUGCCCCAGCCUCAGAACAGAAGAAAAUGCUUGGCACUCUGACAUAAAAUGUCGGUCUGGUGCUCAAUGAUAGGGAGAUUUACCACGUGCAAUAGUCAAAAUCACCAUGACACUCAGUUAAUUAGCAAACAAGUGAUAGUUUAUUAAUCCAUCCAGCAAGUGCCGAAGCACUUUGGUCUACAGUACUUCACUAUUGGGAUGCUCCUUGUGUUUUUCCUUUUUGAGAGUGCGGUGCUUCACAGCUGGGAACAGUGAUGGACUAUACCAGUGGUGAAAUCGAGAGGGAUCUUCAAAAUCUCGGAGUGGAUGUGGUAACGGUUAUCUCCAUCGAACCAUUGUUUGUCCUGUAGAAGCAGCGCAAGUCUGGCACUGCACAUUGUUGAUGAUUUGAAGUUGACCUACUUUUGAUUGGACUUUUGCGGUGCUCAUGUUUAGAGACUGAUGAAUUAGCUUUUUGUGUUUUACAAAACACUCACUGUCUAUACACAUUAAAGCGAUAAAUGACAAUUGCACUAACCACUAUUUGUUUUUAAGGUUUCAGCCAAUGUAGGAACAGUUAAUGUUUUUGACCUAUUUGUCUGGGACAUAAUUAAAACUGAAUAUUUUGCCAAAUA